CUAGUUUUUGCCAAGCCUGGUCUUCCCGAGACGCCUACGCCGUCUGUGUGAGACGAGAAGCCAGCGCGCGCUGUCCGAGGACCGCUCUACAUACGUCCUUUCGGAAAAGCCAUCGAUUACUGUCCCCAGACUCUCCUGAGAGCAGCUCCGGAGCCACCCCGCCACAGCGGCUGCCAGAAACUAUGGCGGAGACGAUCGAUCUGACGAAGGAGAGCGAUGACGAGGCACCGGCAGCACCGCAGCAGCAGCCGCGGCGCGCGCGCGACGACGACGAGGCGGCGUCGCUGGCACUCGCGCGGCGCUUGCAAGCUGAGGAAGACGCCGCGCCGCCGCCGCGCCGCGUCGACGAGCGCCCGGCCAAGCGUGCCCGAACGACACAGAUCGAGCGCGUCCACGCCGCCGGAGGCGUGCUCGACCCGAGCAUCCUGUCGCGCGUCGACGCCAUCGUGCAGCAGAGCAACUGUGUAGGAUGUGAUGGGCGCGGCCUCGCCGCGGCGAUCGCCGAGAAGCUGCCGUACGGCGACACCUACAAGGACCGCCGGCCGAUGCCGCCGGCGCGCAAGUUUGCCAUCCCGGAAGACCGCGCCGUGCCGGGGAGCAUCGCCGUGCGCCGCGGGAGCGGGCCGGCCGUCGUGAGCCUCUUCGCCCAAUUCGGUCAGUGGAUCAGCGUUGCCAGGACUUCAAAUGAGAUCACCCUCCACGCCAUCGACGCGGCGUUGACUCACUGGUCCAUUUCUACACAGAGAUGGGCCCCGCGAUGAAGUACCGGCGCGUGCGCCCGGAGCCGCCGGGCGGCGACACGAAGGCGAACCGGUUGCGCUGGUUCAAGGAGGGCCUCGCGAAGCUGGCGGCCGAGGGCUUCCGGCGCGUCGCCUUUCCUCACGAGAUCGGGUGCGCCCUCGCGGGCGGGAGCUGGCGCGACUACGAGGCGGCGAUCGCCGACUACGGCGCGGCGAACCCGGGGGUCGAGAUCCUGAUCGUGACCUGGGGCGGCGGCGGCGGCGGCGGCGGGAAGCGCCCGGGGUCGGGGCACUGCUUCAAGUGCGGCCAGCCGGGGCACUGGGCGAACCGCUGCCCGAACAAGUAGAUCCCCCCGCUUGAUGUAAGUGCUUGUGACUAGACUUCAUAUUAGGACCGGCACCGCCGUGUGCGGCACGAG